CCUGCCGCCCCACGGCACUCGCGCGGCAGGCCGAGCGGGGCGGGCGGCUGCCCGAAGAUGCGCGAUGGCAGCGCCGCCGCCGGCCAGCGCCGCGUGCCGCACCACGGGCUCCACCUGCCUGCGCCCGCUCAGCGAGCUCCUGGGCAUCCCGCUGGACCAGGUGAACUUCGUGGCGUGCCAGCUCUCGGCCCUGUGCGCUGCUCUCUGGUUUCGCACCUACCUGUGUCCCGGGAAGACCAGUCCCGAUGUCAGGCACGCCUUUGCCAUCGUUUUCGGCAUCUAUUUCAUCAUCUUCUGUUUUGGCUGGUACUCGGUACAUCUCUUUGUGCUGGUGUUGGUGUGCUACGGAAUCAUGGUCACCGCGAGCGUAUCCAAUAUCCACAGGUACUCCUUUUGCGUAUCGAUGGGCUACCUUACGCUGUGCCACGUCAGCCGAAUAUACAUCUUCCACUAUGGAAUCCUCACGACAGACUUUUCUGGGCCUCUGAUGAUUGUCACUCAGAAGAUCACAACCUUGGCGUUCCAAGUUCACGACGGAUUAGGGCGAAGAGAGGAGGACCUCUCUGCUGAGCAACAUCGACUUGCUGUGAAAGUCAAACCCUCUUUUUUGGAAUACAUGAGCUACCUUCUCAACUUCAUGAGUGUCAUCGCUGGCCCGUGUAACAACUUCAAGGACUAUCUGGCCUUCAUCGAGGGGAGACAGACACACAUGAAGUUGCUCGAAGUGAACCGGAAGCAGAAAGGUUUGCACAGCCUGCCGGCGCCUUCUCCCACUGGAGCCGUGAUAUACAAGUUGGGCCUGACCCUCGUGUCUCUGCUUUUGUUUCUGACCGAGUGCUUCUGAAAGGGACAGUGGACGGACCGACUGCUCUGGUUUGUUCAUAAAGCAAACUUUUUGACUCGACUCUUCUACUUAUAUGUUGUCAUGCAAGCAUCAAAGCCCAAGUAUUACUUUGCCUGGACGUUAGCGGAUGCAGUGAAUAAUGCAGCUGGCUUUGGGUUCAGCGGAGUGGAUAAGAAUGGCAAUUUCUGUUGGGAUCUGCUUUCUAACCUAAACAUCUGGAAAAUUGAGACUGCCACAAGUUUCAAAAUGUACUUAGAAAACUGGAAUAUUCAGACAGCUACUUGGCUAAAGCGAGUGUGCUAUGAGCGGGUGCCACGCUACCCCACGGUGCUAACUUUCGUCCUCUCUGCCUUGUGGCACGGGGUCUACCCCGGAUACUAUUUCACCUUCCUAACUGGAACGCUUAUCACAGUGGCAGCCAGGACGGUAAGGAACCACUGCAGACAUUACUUCCUUUCUUCAAAAGCCCUCAAGGCGGCGUACGAUGUGGCCACCUGGGCCGCCACGCAGCUGGCUGUGUCUUACACGGUAGCGCCCUUUGUUAUGUUGGCAGUCGAGCCAACCAUCAGUUUAUACAAGUCCAUGUACUUUUAUUUACACAUUGUAAGUCUCCUGAUAGUGCUGUUUCUGCCAGUCAAGCCGCAAGCUCCUCGGCAGAGGCGGCCUCGGACCCUGAACUCUGUCAAUAAGGAGAAAGCAGACUGACACCUCCCGCAAGCUGAAAGAGUGAAAGCGUCGUAAGAAGAGGUCAGCGGCUCUAGGUGCCCCGGAGACUCGGAGGUGAUGUUUACAUGCUUCUUUUCAUGUGCAGGGAGUAUUUUAUAAAGCCUUUUGUACCAUUAAACCUGCCACGUCCAGUCACUUCGAUAUUCAUAGACGCUCCAGUGGCGUGGAGAUGUGCCGAGGCGCGGGAGCUGCCAGGGAGCCCACUGUGCGCGGCCGGGUCCUGCUCUCUGGUGAUUGACACCCUGAAAUCUGGGUGUUGGGACCUGACACCUGCCCCAGAAGUUAGAAGAAGGUGCCUGAGGAGAGGACACGUCUUCCAGAACACCCCCCCCCAUGUGGUCGUCGCUCAGGAAGCCCCAGACCCUGUGGCUUGUGACUCGACUGUCCCAAACACAGUUAACGGCCCUCUGACGACCCUGGGGGAGGCCGGCGGCCGGGACCUGGGAGCUGGAGGAGCCGUCGGACGCUCUCGAGCAGACAGCAGUCAGUCAGGUCCCGAGGCAGGCACACCUUUCCCCCAGGGGGUAACUCUCCCCUUUGUGUUUCUGAGCUGAGCUGAGACAAGUCAGGAGUCUCCUGCACAUGUGUGCUGGGAGCCCGGGAGGGCACCACUGCUGUCCACGGACUGUCCACUCACGUGUCUCAUCUGCUUGUCCGGGAAUGGCCCUGCGAAAACACCCAAACGUUCACACCGAAGGCAGUGCAGAAUGUUUUUUAAAGGAACGAUUUCCCAGAGAAGUUUAAAGUCAGGCAGAGGCAUGGCUGAGAACAGCAGACGUUUCGCUCUCCCCUCGGUCGCAGAGGUGUCUGUGCUCACAGCCAUGAGGCGCACGUGGCUGACUUUCACAUUCCCAGGUUCAAGGCCCGAUUAAAUCUUUUAGUUGAAUCAUCAUUUUGAAAAGCAGGACUUGAAGGACACCUUCUGUCCUAAGAGUGUACCAUGGCUCUAGCUGGAGGACGUCUAUGUGGGAGAAAGAAACAUGUUAUUAAAAGUUGUGGAAAAUAAUAA